AUUAAUUUGCAAGCGCCUGCGAACUAUGAAGAAAGUUUAAGUUUAACGAGGGUUUUUGGACAAUUUUAGUAAUUUUCCGCAUUAUUUUAUCAAUUGUACAUUGUUUUUCCUUUUAUAAAUAUUUUUGCACGAAAUGGAAACUGAUUUUAGCUUUUAUGAGAAGAUAGUUGAUGGCUGGGAAAGGACAGAAACAGAAAACUGUGUGCCUUACUAUGUGAAUCAUAUCACAGAAAGUACAUCAUGGGAUCACCCAUACUGGUUGAAGAUUCUAGAGGGACUGAAGGACUACAACAGUGUGAAGUAUGCGGCCUACAGAACUGCUCUAAAGAUACGACACAUCCAGACACAACUUCAGUUGAACCAGGUCGACUUGUACACUAUACAGCAAGAGUUUGAAGACCUGGGAUAUAUGUCAGGGUCAGAGGGGGUCAUUCGAUGUGAUGACCUGUUGACCUUGCUCAUUAACAUAUACCAUAGUUCACAAGGUAGAAAUCAGACAGCAGAAGUAGCAGGAAUGUUGGCUGAUCUUACGCUGAACUUACUGCUGAAUAUCUUUGACAAGGACAAGUCAGGAGGUCUGUCGGUCAUGGCUGUCAAACUUGUUCUAGUCAUUCUGUCCUCUGCAAAUCUCACAGAAAAAUACAGAUAUUUCUACCAAGAACUGCAUGACCCAAGUACUUACAUAGGUACACAUGCACUUACAGCAUUUCUACAGGCAGUUAUGAAAUUACCAGAUUUUCUACAUGAGAGUUUAGCAUUUGGAAGAACCAGUGAGCCUGCUGUAGCAAGCUGCCAGCAAAUGGGCAAGACAAGUUGUGGUAUAACAGAAGAUGUGUUCUAUAAAUGGUUACAGAAAGGACCUCAGACAAUAAUCUGGUUACCUACACUACAUAGACUCAUCUCAUGUGAAACAGUGAGCCAUGACGCAAAGUGCAAUAUUUGUAAAGUAUAUCCUAUUACAGGACUGAGAUACAAGUGCCUGAAGUGUUUUAACUUUAACAUAUGUCAGAACUGUUUCUUCACUGGUAAAACAAGCAAGAGGCACACAGUGAAACACCCGACACAAGAAUACUGUACAAAUUCUACGGCCAAAGAUGAAGCAGCUGCAUUCAUGAAAACUUUGAAAAAUAAUUUGAGUCGUAAGCACAGAAGAAAGUCACGCAUCAAGUACCUGCCAAUAGAAGCUGAUAGCCAAUACACAAAUCUAGCUUGGUCACCAGGAAAGGAAGAGAGAGACAGAGAUAUUCAUACAGAGAUUUCAGAGACAGCCAAGAAACUUGCAGAGUUAGAGGUCGAAGACAAUACAGAAAAUAUUCCUGAGCCACAAAGUAGUCCUGAAAAUAUUCCAGAGCAACAAAGUAGUCCCAGAAUACCACAUCCUGCCAGCCUCUUCACUAAUAAGGAGAACUUUUCACCAAAAGAUGAUGGCUUACAGAAAGAAAGAGAUGAGUUGAAUGCAAUAAUUAGACAUCUUGAAGAAGAAAACAGGAUGUUAUAUGAACAGAUGUCUGCCUUACAACAGACCAGUGAUACAGAAAGCCUUACAUCAGACAGCAACUGCCAUCAUUCUGGACAUAAAACUCCGACCUCCAGUAUCAUGCAUAGAAUAUUAAGAGAGACCCAGAAUCUUCCAGUACGAGAACCAUUACCCAUAGAAGCCACGCCUAUUUUUCUCAGUGUGCCAAUCAUAAAUGUGAAUGGUUACCAAAGUGACAGUUUCUCCAUCAGUCCAAAGUCUUCUAUUUACUACGCUCCAUCAAUUCAGCAGCCAGAUUUUUCUCCAACAGAUUCCAGCUCCUCGCCUUACCCAACCCUUAAAUUGCAAAGGGACUUCACUCCACCAAACUCUCCUCCAAGGGGACUCACUCUUGCUGAUAGUUUAGAUGUCCUAGAUACUAGCCCAGCCAGGUUUAGUCUUCCUUCACCAUCAAAGAGUUACGACGAGUUCAACAGUGAAGAGGCAGAGUUACGUGCACUUGUCAACGAAGCUGACCAAAUGUUUCCACAAGAUUUGUCAUAUGGGCAGCCAAAGUCGAGACUGGGAGGGAGUGACGAUGAUAUGUUGCGGGCGGCCAACUCUAUACAGACGGCUAUGUCAGACUUUGUGAAUCAAGCUGUUAAUAUUCGGAUACCAUCUUGAUGCUCAUAGAAGUCAUUUGAAACAGAAAUACUAUUUUGAAGUCAUUCUUCUGAAAAAAGAUUUGCUGUUUGAAUGCUUUUAGACAAUAGAUACCAAAGAUGUAGUUUGUGUUCCAGGCAUCAAUAUUGUUUUGCUUUAUCUAUGUCUGUUUCCAUAAUAAUUAGCUAUUGUUAUUACUGCUGCUGUUUAUAACCUUAGCUUUUUUUGACAGUAUCAAUAGUGUGUUCAUUUGCUGACAGAACUGCUGAAAAAAUAACAACUUACUGAAACCCUGGCCAGCAAAACAAGUGAAAUUUCUGUUCAGUUUCACACAAAUUAAUGAUAUUGUAAGAUUUCUUGCAAACCAGUAUGUUACCUUUAUGCACAUACAAUACUGAUACUACCAACUAUAAGUCUGACACUGACAUAAUAGGAACUGAUGGUUUGAAUAAACAUUAAGUUAAUGCCUUUGCUCAUAAAAUAUCAAAUUAAAGCUUGGAAAAAAGUAGGUAGAAAAAUGCUGAUCAAGACUGAAUACCAAGAAUUAUGAAAUAGCAUGGACACAAAGCAAGCUGUUGUAGCAAUAUGACCAAUGGUAACCAUAGUAAUGUAGUUCACUACUUUUGAGAUGUUUAUAGAUUUUAUCUGAUGUUAAAACUGUAAAUGCCUUUAUUACCAAACUGAUUCUGUAUCUUACCAUAUUUGUUGGAUAGCUUCAAUAUCAUAUUGCUUUAACUUUUCUCUUAACUCGUACCAUCACAUACUGUGUGAUGGAAUUAUUAUACAUGCUUAUUUAGCUCGGCUAUACAAAGUAUACGAAGAGCUUUCCUACUUGAUCCAGCGUCGGUGUCCUUCUGCGUCCACACCCUGGUUUAAGUUUUGAUGCACUCUCUAUUUUUCUCUUAACGGAUUUGGUUCAAAACUUAAAAUAGUUAUUCCUCAUCAGCACCCACAUCAUAUGGCACAAGGUUCAUAGCUCUCUUGAACCAGUAUUUCAUGAAUUAUCCCCCCUUUUUACUUAGAAUUUCAGGUUAAUGUUUUGGAUCAAUUUCACUCUAUCUCAGUUAUUACUCAAACUUAAAGUAGUUGUUCCACCUCAUCACCCACACCACAUGACACAAGGUCCAUAACUCUGGCACCAGUUUUAUAUGAAUUAUGCCCCCUUUAUACUUAAAGUUUUAGGUUAAUUUUUAUACAUUUUCACUAUACCUCUGUUGUAGCAGAAGAGAUUUGAUGCAAACUUAAAAUAAUUGUUCCAUAUCAUCACCCACAUCAUUUGACACAAGGGCCAUAACUCUUGCAACAACAUUUCAUGAAUUAUGCCCCCUUUUUUACUUAGAAUAAAUCUGGUAUAAUAAUAAUUAAUUUUGGUGCAAUUUCACUAUAUCUUUGUUAUUUCUUCAUGAAUUUGAUUCAGAUUUAAAAUAUUUCUUCCACAUCAUUGUCCACAUCAUAUGACACAAGAUCCAUAACUCUGAUGCAAAUAUUUCAUGAAUUAUGUCCCCUUUUUACUUAGAAUUUCAGUUUAAUUUUUGUGCUUUUUCACCAUCUCUUCGGUGUUACUAAAUAGAUUUGAUUCUAACUUAGAAGGGUUGUUCCACAUCAUCAACCACAUCAUAUAACACAAGGUCUGUAACACUGGCACCAAUAUGUUACGAGUUAUGCCUCCUUUUUACUUAGAAUUGCAGGUUCAAGUUGUGAUGCACUUUUGCCCCGUCUCAGUUAAUACUAAACAUAUUUGUCUCAAACUUAAAAUAGUUGUUCCACAUUAUUAGCCACAUGAUAUGAAUCAUGAUGCAUUACUCUUACAGAAAUUGUCCAUGAAUUAUGUCCCUUUGAUACUUAUUUAAUAUUUUACACUUUAUCUCAAUCUCUGUUAUUACUAAAUACAUUUGACUCUGCAUUAAGCUAUUGUCUAAUAUCUUCAUCCACAUUGGAGUCAUUAACUACUCCAGUGACAGCUCCAGCUUCCUUAGAUGUGCCAGAUUUCACUAUCCCUCAUCAAAAUAGUCAAGCGGACUGUCUCCUGUGACAGCUCUUGUUUUAUUUAUACUUAUUUUAUUUUUUUAGUCAGGGUUGUGGUUUAUACAGGUCUUUUUGUAUAUCUAUUCAUUUUUAUAGUCUUUAGUAUUUGUAUUUGCCCAAUUUAUUUACAUAUAUUUAGAAUGAUGUUCCUUUUUAUGAAUUGGCCAAAGUGUCAUAAUGCUUUUAAUUGUCAUUUAAUUCAUCCCCCAGAAUGAACAUGUGGUGUAGGAGUUACUCAUUUAAAAUAUUUCAAUAUAUUUACAUAUUUUUGAUGUACAGAUUUCGACCCCAGUUAUUAUGCCCCCCUUUGAAAAAGGAGGGGUAUAUUGUUUUGCAGAUGUCGGUCGGUCUGUCGGUCGGUCGGUCGGUCGGAAUGUAGACCUAUCCGUUUCCGGAUGAUAACUCAAGAACGCUUGGGCCUAGGAUCAUGAAAGUUGAUAGGGAGGUUGGUCAUCACCAGUAGAUGACCCCUAUUGAUUUUGAGGUCUGUAUGUCAAAGGUCAAGGUCACAGUGACCCUGAAUAGUAAAACGGUUU